CCCAUCGCCAAUCUCAGAGCUCUUCCGCUCCCUGCCUUGUUACCUUCUCUCAAUCCUCCGCCUCCUUCACUCUUCACCUUUCAGCAGCUAACCCCAAAUUCUUCCCUGCCUACUUCUCUACAGCUCUCACCCACUCUUCUCCUGGCGAGCUCUUCUUCUGCACGCUUCCUCAAUUUGAUUCCUCUUGAUUUCUCCUCUGAAUCCCUUGUCUUCUUGGGUUUUCGAGUGGAUCCUCGUUCAGAUCUUUGUUAGAUGUAUCUUUCCAUCAUUUUUUUUUUGGAUGUCCGGGUUUGAUCUCUGUCGCGGAAUCGCCUUUUCACGAGUCCAGCAUGUAAUUCGAGUUGGCCUAGUAAUGGGUGACUCGUUAGUUCUGUAAUUUGUUCGAGGAUUAGUUGAUGGCGUCGUUCCGACGGACUUUGUCGCCUGCACACCACGAUCGGCAGUACCAAAACGGUGUUGGCUCGUUUCCAGUUUCCUCUCCUCACCACAAGUUCUCUCCUAGUGCCAAGUAUGCUUCGCCAUUACCAGUGUUGGUUGCGUACGUAGCCAGAUUGCGGAGGUUUCUUGCCGGGUUUGUUAUGCGGCGGUAUGCUCGGAAGGGGCAAUGGAGAAGAGCAUUGCUUAGCUGUUUGAUCUUUUUCUUCUUAGGUUUCUUGUGGGGUAUGUUUCCCAUCGGUCACGUUGUUGAUGACAUUCACCGUCAGGAUGUCUCAUUUGAGAUCAAGCCGCGGCGCGCAAAUGCAGAAUUAGUCCCUGAGGAUCGUACUUUGAAGCAUGAUGAGGCUUUUGUGAUUAAUCCAGUGAGUAUGAGUGUCGAUAAGCAAAUUGCUACCGAUGAUGCUCUCGAUUUUGUGCCGAGGAAGCAAUUGAUUGCGGUGACUCCCACGUAUAAUCGGGCGCUUCAGGCCUACUUUUUAAACAGGCUAAGUCACGUGCUCAGGCUCGUACCUCCCCCAGUUCUGUGGAUUGUAGUGGAAACGAAUUCAGCUUCUAUGGAAACUGCUGACAUACUGAGGAGAACUGGUGUGAUGUAUAGGCACUUGGUUUGCACUAAGAACUCCACAAAUGUGAAGGACAGAGGAGUUCAUCAAAGGAAUACGGCGUUGGAGCACAUUGAGCGCCAUAGACUAGAUGGGAUUGUCUACUUCGCAGAUGACGAUAAUAUAUAUUCUCUUGAGUUGUUUGAGACCUUGAGAAACAUAAGACGCUUUGGUACUUGGCCUGUUGCCAUGCUUGCACAAAGCAAAAACAAGGCCAUCUUGGAGGGUCCAGUAUGCAAUGCAAGUCAAGUGAUUGGUUGGCAUACAAAUGAGAAAAGUAAAAGAGUUCGUAGGUUUCAUGUUGAUAUGUCAGGAUUUGCUUUUAACAGCACAAUCUUGUGGGAUUCUAAAAGAUGGCAGCGUCCUACGUCAAAUCCUAUUCGCCAAUUAGAUGCAGUGAAGGAGGGUUUUCAAUUUUUGCAGGAGACCACCUUCAUAGAACAAUUGGUGGAAGAUGAGAGUCAAAUGGAAGGUUCACCUACUGGUUGUUGCAAAAUAAUGAAUUGGCAUCUCCAUUUGGAUGCUCGUAAUGCAAAUUAUCCCAAGGGUUGGCUACUUCAGAAAAAUCUAGAUGCUGUCAUCUCUGUCAAGUAAUCCCCCUGUGAUUCAAUUAUGGGCAUUUGGUAGUUUACCUGUAAUUCAUUUCGGUCCAUCUCUGGAUAGAUGCUACAAUUUUAGAACAGUGGCUUUGCUGCGUUUUGUUCCCUGGCAAAGAUUAGACAGGUUAUAUUGUUUCCAGAACAGGACAAUAUUCACUUUCAGAAUCAAUUUUUGUUCUUGUAAAAAACGUUACUAUUAUUUAUUGAUAGAGGAAAAAAGAAGGUUCCGUAGAGCACAGAAAGCGGAGUAUUGAUCAUGUUUGCAUCAAGGUUCGUACACACACUGUUGGAUAGCACUGCUGGUGGCAAAUUGAAUGUUUGACAAAACUGUUUACAACUGACGGCUUGUAUCAAAAUUGGGGAGGCUUGUAACAAAACUGCACAAAUUUAGUUUCGAUGAUCCUCUCCCCAUCUUUUUAGGUCUAUUUUAAGUUUAUAAAGAACUCGGGAUUCUUUUGAAGUUACCCAAUUUGUGUAGCUUUGGUGAACAAUACACAAACAUGUUAAAAAGCAUAUAAGGUUUUGCAUCAUUACCAACUAUCAUGUAACUGCAGUGAUGAUUAUGAUCUCAUGACCAUUUAACAUUUUUCA